AUGCUCGUCCGUGCUGAGGAUGGGUCGUACCAUCUUAUCUACCCGGUUGGAAAGCAGAUUCAGUUCCCUCUCUUCGAUGCUACCCAGGAUACAGGUCUCUUCGUGAGAGCUGCCCUCAAGCACCGAGGCCAGCUGAAAGACAUGCAGAUUUUGGCCGCUGCCAAGUACUACACACCCGACGAGAUCGUUGACACCUUCUUCAAUGUCACUGGCAAGAAGGCAGUGUUCAUCCAAGUCUCUGCCGAGCACUAA